AUGCCCCAGAAUGUCAUAGAAAUCUUCUCAUAUCUCGCGGUACUCUAUGUGGCAAACGGCCAACGCCGGGUCAUCCCGAUGGAGCGCCCACCGAAUCUGUUGCAGGAGACGGAUCUGUUGUUCCCAGAUUCUCAUGACUCCACUGAAUGGCCUCCUUUUACCACAACUACAAAAUCUACACAGAAGUCUCCAUCGCCCCCGAAAUGGGAUCAAGCCCAGUCAUUCUUUCCUUUCCUCAAAAAUAACGAGGACAUCAAUGUCUUUACCACUCAACCACCGCUGUUCUUCACACCUUUACCACCCAUUACUGCUCAACCUUCAGUUUUCUCAUCACCAGUUCCUCCCGUAGCUCAGCUGCCAGCCUUUCCUUCACCAACUUUUGAUGCUCAACCUCCAGUGUUUCCAAAUGCACCUCCUUUCCCUCAACCACCGCUUCUUCCACCGCCACCUCCUCCAUUUCCUAUUCUACCACCUCCACCCCCGCCUCCCAUGAUGUCCCCUCUCACCCCUCCAUCAGCUUUUGCAAGGGGGCCAAAAAUAAACCCGAAACUGACUACUAUAAAACCAAUCGUGAUCGAUCCGGAAGCUAUUAUGAGCGUGCCUGAAAUCAUUCGGCAUUGGGGUUAUCCAGUGGAGGAGCAUCGCGUGGUAACAGCUGAUGGAUAUAUCCUUAUGCUGCACCGCAUCCCACAUGGAAAGGGUGAGCUCCGUAAUAUGUCACCUAUAAUAAGAACUCAAAUUUCUUGA